UGGGAGGGGAUGGGCAAGGACGUUGCCAAGUAUGUCCGGUCUUGUGAGGUAUGCCAAAGAGUGGGAAAGCCCCAGGACCAGGUCAAGGCCCCUCUCCAGCCACUGCCCAUAAUUGAGGUCCCAUUUCAGCGAGUAGCUGUGGAUAUUCUGGGUCCUUUCCCAAAAAAGACGCCCAGAGGAAAGCAGUACGUACUGACUUUUGUGGACUUUGCUACCCGAUGGCCGGAAGCAGUAGCUCUAGGCAACUCCAGGUCUGACGCUCUGUGUCAGGAACACUCCAAUAAUUGGGACCUAGUGUUGCAGCAGUUGCUUUUUGCC